GAUGCUACUGUGCCAUGGGGAGGAACACAACCCCGGACUCUGGCUCCCUCCACGCCCGGGCACCUGCUAGCUUGCCGAGGUUUCUUCAGGGGUGAAACGGGGACACGAGAACACCCUGCCCCCGGAGCGGCCUCGGGACCACACCAUUUCUAUGAAGAUGAGGCAAGGAAACUGAGUAGCCCGAGAGAAAGCAAGGUGCAUGCAACCUAUGUUCGUUUCUCGUAAAGUUCUAUGUCCAGAAAUUGACUUCAGAGACUGGAAAAGAAAAAAAAGGUGAACUUGUUUGAACAAAAGGAGGUUUCUCUUCCUUCAAGCCUCAACAGCCUCUGAGCCUUCCCAGAGCUGAAAAGGCGGCUCCUCUGCAGCCAGGGAAGGGCGGGCGUCCUGGCCAGCAGACAGCAGUGAGCCCCAGGAUGUGCAGAAGACGUUUCCCGUAGGUGCCGGCCCACCAGCAUGAGGUCCUGUCUGCGGAGACGCGGCCACCUGGGCCACGGGGUCCUGUGGCUCUUGCUUCUGGCUCUGCUGCUCCUCUUCCUGUUCGUCCUGCCCUCCUUCAUUAAGGAGCGUAGCACGAAGCCAUCCAGGUAUCAGUAUUCGUGGAACAAUGUAAAGUGGGCUUGGAAGUCACUGCAAAACUCUAUGUCCCUGGCUCCCAUCCUGCAACAGAGGACAAGUGUCCGUGCAGAGCCAGUGCACGAGAACAGCUCCCUGGACACAGACCCUAGGCUCAUAGUCCACCUGGCUAAUGGGAACAGGAGGGCAGAGGCCACCCAGGCACCACAGUGGAAGCAGGAGAUGGUCCCUGGCACAGCGAGGGCAGCAUUACUGAAGAGACAGGGAGAAGAGAAAACCCAGGUGGACGCACUGCCACCCAGAGGUCAGCGCAAGGAGAUGUCCUCCAUUGGGACAGAGACACUGACGUUACAGACUCAGGACAUGAAGACAAGGAACAGUGGGGACCAGAACGGGAGGCUGACAGCUACAAGGGCAGUGUUAACAAGGAACCAGGGCAAAGCGUUGGCCACCACAGGAGUAAUGACAACAAUAGUCAGAGAGAAAGCAAAGACCACAGCCACUGUCCCAGCUAAAGAGAAGGCGGCGGAGGCCACCGUGGCCCCUUCCCCGUGCCCCACCACACCAGGGCUGAAAGCUGCCAACUUCAAGUCAGAGCCCCGGUGGGAUUUUGAGGAGAAGUACAGCUUUGAUGUGGGGGGUCUGCAGACGGCAUGCCCUGACUCAGUGAAGGUCAAAGCCUCCAAGUCACCAUGGCUCCAGAAUCUCUUUCUGCCCAACCUGACUCUCUUCCUGGACUCCAGACACUUCAACCAGAGCGAGUGGAAGCGCCUGGAACACUUCGCACCUCCCUUUGGCUUCAUGGAGCUCAAUCAGUCCUUGGUGCAGAAGGUGGUGACCCGCUUCCCACCCGUGCCCCAGCAGCAGCUGCUCCUGGCCAGCCUGCCUCCAGGGAGCUCCCGCUGCAUCACCUGCGCCGUGGUGGGCAAUGGUGGCAUCCUGAAUAACUCCCACAUCGGCCGAGAGAUAGACAGCCACGACUACGUGUUCCGAUUGAGCGGGGCUCUCAUUAAAGGCUACGAGCAGGAUGUGGGAACCCGGACCUCCUUCUACGGCUUCACGGCCUUCUCCCUGACCCAGUCGCUGCUGUCCCUGGGCGGUCGGGGUUUCCGGCAGGUGCCCGUCGGGAAGGACAUUCGCUACCUGCAUUUCCUGGAAGGCACCCGGGACUAUGAGUGGCUAGAAGCAAUGCUUCUGAAUCAGACCCUGGUGAAACAGAACCUUUUCUGGUUCAGGCGCAGGCCCCAGGAAGCUUUUCGGGAAGACUUGCACUUGGACAGAUACCUGUUGCUACACCCAGACCUUCUCCGCUACAUGAAGAACAGGUUUCUGAGGUCCAACACCCUGAACACCAACCACUGGAGGAUAUACCGACCCACCACGGGCGCCCUCCUGCUGCUCACAGCCCUGCAGCUCUGUGACCAGGUGAGCGCCUACGGCUUCAUCACCGAGGGCCAUGAGCGCUUUUCUGAUCAUUAUUAUGAUAAAACGUGGAAAAAACUCAUCUUUUACAUAAACCAUGACUUCAAGUUAGAGAGAGCCGUCUGGAAGCGGCUGCAUGACGAAGGCAUCAUCCGGCUGUACCAGCGCCCCCAAACUGCCAAAGCGGAGAACUGACCGGAGCCUGGGCCUCCACGGUCUCUUCUUUACCUCCUCAGAAACACGGGGUGCUGGGGGUGUCUUGAAGCUCCUCUGCCAUCUGCCCAGGGCUUGGGCCAGCCUCCAGGCCCUCCAGGGAACAGCUAUGAGGAUUUCUCAGGGGAUUUGUAAUUGGGGGGGGGGAUAAGUGAUCAGUGCCCCAAAUUACUAGAAAAGGACUCUCUGCUUUCCUAAAGCUCAGAGGAAAGAGCCGGAACAUACAGAGACUUCUAGCUCGAGUUUGAAUUCCAGAUCUUCUCCUUAGACAUGGUAAAAUCUUGGAAUUAUCUGAUGAUCCUUUCAGCAAUCAUCUUGGUUGUAGAAGGACUGCACUUCUCCUUGUGCCCUGAGUUAUUUGACAGCUCACUGUAUUGUAGAAACCAAUAAGACAAGUGAUUCUUGCCUAUGAAGAUGCAAUCAGAUUUUGUGCAAAGAUCUGAUAACUCAGGGAAAGUCACCAGGGUAGCAGCAGCACGAGAGAGCUUGGUCUCGCAGUCCUGCCCACCUAAAUGUGUAUCUGUGGCUGGGACUCUCUGCUGAACCUUUUACUCCUUGCUGGUUCUUUCAUUAAUGAAUAAAAUAUUUGACCUGAA